CGCUGCGAGAGCGGGACGGGGACGAGAGGGAAGGGAAGAGCUCAGCGGGAGGGAAGCACGGCGAGGAGCGGAGAUGGAGCUGUUGCGGAACAUCGCCCACCCGCCGGGUGGCGGAGCGAAGGGCUGCGAGGGGGCGCCGGGCAGGGCGGGCGGCGAGGCGCGACGGAGGAAAGCGGAGGAGCAGCCGCACCCCGCCGCCGCCUCCGAGGUCUCCCGGAUUAUAACCGACCCCACGACCGGGAAGCGCUACUGCCGCGGCAAGGUGCUCGGAAAGGGUGGAUUCGCCAAGUGUUAUGAGAUGACAGAUUUGACAACAAAUAAAGUUUAUGCUGCAAAAAUCAUUCCUCACAGCAGAGUAGCAAAACCUCAUCAAAGGGAAAAGAUUGAUAAAGAAAUUGAGCUGCAUAGAAUGCUUAAUCAUAGACAUGUCGUGCAGUUUUACCACUACUUUGAAGACAGAGAGAAUAUUUACAUUCUUCUGGAAUACUGCAGUAGAAGGUCAAUGGCUCACAUCUUAAAGGCGAGGAAGGUAUUGACAGAGCCAGAAGUACGAUACUACCUCAGGCAAAUUGUGUCAGGGCUGAAGUAUCUUCAUGAACAGGAAAUCUUGCACAGGGAUCUUAAACUAGGUAACUUCUUCAUUAAUGAGAACAUGGAACUGAAACUGGGUGACUUUGGCUUGGCAGCUAGGCUGGAACCGCUGGAGCACAGGAGAAGAACAAUAUGUGGCACGCCAAAUUACCUUUCUCCAGAAGUCCUUAACAAACAAGGGCAUGGCUGUGAAUCUGACAUCUGGGCCUUAGGCUGUGUAAUGUAUACAAUGCUACUGGGAAGACCUCCGUUUGAGACUACAAAUCUUAAAGAAACAUACAGAUGCAUAAGGGAAGCAAGAUACAGCCUGCCUUCAUCUCUCUUGGCACCUGCAAAACACUUAAUAGCUAGCAUGUUGUCAAAAAAUCCUGAAGAUCGGCCCAGUUUGGACGAAAUAAUUCGACAUGAAUUUUUCUUACAGGGCUUUACACCCGAUAGACUUUCUGCUAGCUGUUGUCACACUGUUCCCGAUUUUCAUUUGUCAAGUCCUGCUAAAAAUUUCUUCAAAAAAGCAGCUGCUGCUCUUUUUGGUGGUAAAAAGGAUAAAGCCAGAUACUUCGACUCACAUAACAGACUAGCUAAAGAAGAUGAAGAAAUCUACAAGCUCAGGCAUGAUUUGAAGAAGACAUCGAUAACGCAGCAGCCCCACAAACACAGAACGGAUGAGGAGAUCCAGCCUCUUGUCACAACAGUAGCGAAGCCAGGAGCAUUACCAGAAACAAAGCAGAUUGGAGACUCUAUUCGGAUGAUAGUCAGAGGAACUUUGGGAAGCUGCAGCAGUAGCAGUGAAUGCCUGGAGGACAGUACCAUGGGAAGCGUUGCUGAUACAGUUGCAAGGGUAUUGCGAGGAUGUCUGGAGAACAUGCCAGAAGCAGACAGCAUUCCCAAAGAACAGCUGACAGCAUCCUUUCAGUGGGUUACAAAAUGGGUGGACUAUUCCAACAAGUACGGCUUUGGGUACCAGCUGUCAGAUCACACUGUUGGUGUCCUUUUCAAUAAUGGAGCACAUAUGAGCCUUCUGCCAGACAAAAAGACUGUCCACUACUAUGCUGAGCUGGGCCAGUGCUCUGUCUUCUCAGCUGCAGAGGCUCCUGAACAGUUCAUUAGCCAAGUAACUGUACUGAAGUAUUUCUCUCACUACAUGGAAGAGAACCUCAUGGAUGGAGGAGAUUUGCCCAGCCUAACGGAUGUUCGCAGGCCCAGGCUUUACCUCUUACAGUGGCUUAAAUCUGAUAAAGCAUUAAUGAUGCUCUUCAAUGAUGGCACAUUUCAAGUGAACUUCUAUCAUGAUCACACGAAAAUCAUCAUUUGCAAUCAGAGUGAGGAGUACCUCCUUACCUACAUCAAUGAAGACAGGAUAUCCACAACGUUUCGUCUUACAACUCUCCUGGUUUCUGGAUGCUCGUUGGAACUAAAACACAGAAUGGAAUAUGCUCUGAACAUGCUGCUGCAGCGAUGUAACUGAAAAGACUGACUCUGUUAAACCAAAUGGAACCUCUUGUUCACUGUGAAAUCUACAGUGGGGAUAAUAUAGCUACUAGUAUGUUGAUGAUGGAUGUGUGGUGGUACGAAACCUUGACUGUCAUAGUGUGCUGGGCACACAUCUAUUAGACACAAGCCUAAACUUUUAUUGUUGGACUAAAAUGGUGUGACAAGGAGUUCUUCGGAUCGUAGUUUUCCUUGCUUCAUGUGUGUGUUAAAGAUAAUUUUGACUUGAAGUUGGAGCAGAGUGUUACUGGUUACUCUGUAAGAGAGCAUUUCUCAUGGAGUUAAACUGUGAAUAUGCAUCUGCAAAGGGAGGGAAGGGAGAGCUCCAUUAUUGUGGGAUAGCUGUAAUAAGCAGCUUCUGGCUGCUUAACUGUGAACUAUGGCCAUACUUUUUUUUUUUCUUAUUUUUCAAAAAUACCCACACUUGUGGCUGGCAAAGUGCAUUCCUUGUUAAUAAUUUUUUUUAUUUAUUACAGCCUAAAGUGAAGUAUUUAUUACACAACAUUUUUUUUUUUGGACCUUGGCAUUUUGAACAUAAAUCUGUUGGCAAUAAAGAGAAUGGAAAUACAAAGCAUCAUUCUCCACUCUUUUUACAAUAUAAUUUAACUUGCUUUGAAUUACUAAAAACCUUGCAGGUCUGCUUUCAUUAUGCUGCUUUAAAAAAAAGUCUGUUACAGGCCAGGAUAUGCGUGUGGCAGGCUUUAAUGCAGUCACAUGCACUGAUCUGCUGCUGCUACCUAUACCACUGCCCCCAAAGUAACUGCUUAUGCAGCUUGCUGAGUAAUGAUGCAGGCCUUGUCCUGGAGACUAAAACCCAAAUGUUUUCCAGAUAUUACAUCCCAGGACUGCUAUUGAUGUUUCACACUGAUUCAAAAGAACGCUGUACUGAUGGAUGAUGCUCGGUGGACAGUAGUUAUGAUAAUGAGAUGUAUAAGCUGCUUCCCCUUACUUGCUGUGGAAGCAUUGCUCUUACUCAUCAACAAACUGAAGAAGACUGACACCUCGUUCAGAGAAUGAAUUGUCCACACCUAUCAUUGCCCCUCUGUUAUCUGUCAUAGUGUGUGUCUUUCUGCCCAUAGUUAAAUGGUUACCUCAGUAAAGUAAGGCCAAAAUGGUGAGAAGAUUAAAGCCUGACUUGAUAUGAACUUUAGGCUUACUCUACUGAGUUGGUAACAUUAGACAACUGGAAGUGUUAUUAAAGACCACAUACCAUUUAUAGUAUGCCAUAAGUUCUCUGUAAAGUAGCUCGAAACAGCUGAGGACAGCAUAGAGAUGGCCUGCUGCUUGGUAAAAUCCCAUUGUCAGUAACUGUGCUUUUAUUAGAGUUAUUGCCUUCCUAAACUGAAGGCAAUAUCAUUUGUCAGUUAAACUAUGCAAAUAAUGGAAUGAUUGAGAAUUUGUGACUCAGAGCAGGGGGGAACGUCAACUUGAGGGCUGGGCUUAUUUCUCUCGAGAUAUUACAUAAUACCUGGAACUAUGUAAACAGAUAGCAGUCUUCAGGAAACUGCUCUGAUGCAGCAGGAAGCAGUAGUUCAAUCACUUAUUUGGAUUAAUCUUUGCAUAACUGAAUGAGGUCUGUUCUGAAAGGCAGAUCUCAGUUGUCAUCAGUAUCUCAAAUCACGUGAAUGCAAGGAACUGGCAGUCAAUGUAAUAAAGUACAAAGUAAACAAACUACAGGUGUCAAGCCAAAAUAGUGAGCAGAGGAGGUAUCUCUGGCUCGUUUCAUCUUACUGCAAGUGUGUUUAAGUGUGAUUGUUUUCUUCGUAUUGAAUACCAUGCAUUAGGUAACAUUGAUUUACUUCUUAAGUCUAGACAGGAAGACCUAGUUGAGUUCUUCAGAUGGAUUCAUUAAUGUAACUCUAGGCAGCUCGGUGAAGUUAAAUAUAUACUUGCUAUAGUGAGGAGAAUAAACUUCCCAGCUGUCUACUUUCUCCAAGAGAUAAUGAUUGAUUUUAUUCCUGGGAGGCCAUGACUUACUUAAUUCUGCAGCACACAUACAGCCACUGUUGAGCCCUUUUCUCUUAAAAAGUAAGAUCUCCCUUUAUGUUUACGACACCAGUAAGCAUACAGUUUGUGUGCAUUUGAAACACAAAAAUUACCUUAGCUAUAAUUCUUCACUUCUUCAAAUGGAAGACCAGUUACUUGUUUGACAGUCUGUGUGCUGAAGAAAUUAAAAAAAGCUUUACUUCGGCUGCUAUAAUUUCUUUGAGUAUCAAAAUCAUCUUUCUAUGGCUGAGAUUCAGGCUGGUGUAAGCGAAAAUCUGACCUCAGGCAUAAGGUUUUUAAAAGUGGGAGUAAAGUCCCCUAAAUCCUAUUGCCAGAUGCUAGUUCGUUGUGGACAGUGGUAAUGCACCUCACUCAAAUAAAGUUAAAUGAAUCAGUUAUUUGUAUGCAAUGUGUAUGUGUGGAUGCCUGGUGCUUUCUAAAUACUCCUGUAUCUUUCUGGUUAGUGCUCUGUGUUCCUACCUCACUUUUUUAAUUUCAUAGAGCAAGAGAGGUGUUUAGAUCAGGUUAAGGAGAAGCACCCAUUUUGAAAUACACUUACCUCUGCCUUAGUCCUUCAGCCCAAGGAGGGAAAGCUGCUUUAAAAUAUCUAAUAUAAAAACUUGCAUCUGGAACAAAGGUUCUGAAAUUCUUUCCCAGGGUGGAUCCUGACUUAAAUAAGACACUGUAGUAUGCUAAUUGACCUCCUUUACCCAAUCACGUAACACCCCUAUUGUAAUUCUGUGUAUGGGAAGAUUAAUGUUGGAAAAGUACUCGUCCACUCCUCUAUAUAACAAACGUCUUACCUUCCCUUGAAAGAAAGGUAUAUAGUCUGGAUUUUAUGCUUGCCAUGCAGUGAUCCUAAUCUUUUCUUGAAAAUAAGAGAAAACACAACACAAGAGUUUAGUUUAGGAGCUUAUAUACUUGAAUGAGUAUGUGGGGAUUAAAGGAUUAGGUGAAAGUUAACACAUAGCUUUCUCAGGUAUGAGUGAUGGACACAGGAGUUAACAUUACCAAGAAAAGAAAGAUCUCUCUCACUCUUGACAAAACAUCUUUAUCAAAUUUUUAAAUCUAUUUUUGCAAAUAGAUGUAUGUACUUGAGCAGCCCAGUGUGCUAACCUGCCAAUAGCAAACAAGUCAAGGAAAUGAU